AAAUGAUUCGACUCACAAGAACGAUUUGCUCUUGACCACAACACGCAUGUGCUUUUAUUUGUCACCUGACUUCGGCAGACAUGUCCCAACAGAUGUCAUUUAAAGAGCUGAUGAAAGUGUUAGGGCUGGGAGCCGUAGCUUUCGUUCUGGGGGUGGAGUGGCUGAACUGGCUGACGCGGCGUCUGAGAGACUCUCGCGGGCCCCUAAAAGAAGUUCUGUUCUUCCCUUCACCCCAAGUCUGCGUUGAGCACCUGUUCACACGUCAUACACAUUUCCCCUGUGCAUGUCCUCUUCCCCAUGGGGUUGAGACAUCAUUCUCCAGGCUCCUUAGACAUCUUCUCUCUGCACGGUUGUCACUGGACCUGUGUGUGUUCUCCUUCUCUCACAUGGAGCUGAGCAGGGCGAUUCUCCUCCUGCACAAACGGGGAGUCGUUGUACGAGUGGUUACGGACAGAGACUACAUGACCAUCACUGGAUCUCAGAUCGGCGCCCUUCGUAAGGCAGGCAUCUGUGUGAGGCAUGAGAUGAGUAAAGCUGUUCAUAUGCACCAUAAGUUUGCAUUGGUGGAUGGCAGGAAAUUGAUCACUGGCUCCCUCAACUGGACCCUAACCGCAGUCCAGAGCAACAAAGAAAACAUCAUGGUUACGGAGGAGCCGGAGCUCGUCCGGCCCUAUCAGCAGGAGUUUCAGAAGCUGUGGGAGGCCAAUGAUCCAGCCAAUCACAAACCUCAAACCACCAAUGGGCAGCAAAACAGAUAGACUUGUACAGACAUAUAGGGCUUCACAUUUACUUUUUUCACUUACGGUUUACAUGACAGUUUUACGCAGAGGAGUUAAUUUUAUUUGUUAGAUUACUUUUUAAUAGCUAGUUUUCUAUUUUCUGAGCAUCUUAAUGACAAUUUCAACACCUUAAAGUGUUUCUUUAGCUUAAGGUGUUUCUCAGUUUUUAUGCUUUUUUUUUUUUAGCUGUCGGCUUGUAUUAUUUAGUUCAGUUUAAUUUAGUUCAGUUAAUAUAACUUUUUUUUUUUAAGAUGUGCCCUAGUCUAAGUACAAACUAGUUCAAAUAAACCCAUACAUAAAAACCUAGUGUGUAAAGCAAGCUGAAACCUGUGACUGUGUGUUUCAUAGCCUUGCCUUUGAUUGCUCAACUUGCAUUUUGUGUUCCUCUUUUGUGACUAGGAGAUUUUAGAUAAGCUGGUUUGCACCUGAAUAUUAAAUUUUAAAAACGAAAAAAGAUCAAAGAAAACUGUUCUUAUUUCCUGAAUUUAA